GAUGUCAUGUGUGUCUUGUUCCUCUUUCACUCUUUCACUUGGCAGUCAUUCCGACAAACCAGCAGGAAGCACCAGGUCCUGACAAACUGCUGCUUCAGUCACCAUGUCCCUGGACUGUCGGCUCAUUCUGGUGGUUUUCAUCGCUGUGACCUCAGCCGUCGAUCCCGGGGUAAAGGUCAAGCUAACAGCAAAAGGCCUUGAAUAUGGCAGACAACUGGGCAUGGCUUCAAUCCAGCAGAAACUCAAGUCCAUCAAAGUCCCAGAUAUGUCAGGGAAGCAGAGAGUGCCUCCCAUCGGCAAAGUCGAGUACAGCUUGUCAAAUAUGAAGAUAGUGAAUGUGGGAUUACCCACGUCUGCAGUGGAUCUCGUGCCGGGGACUGGCGUCAAACUGUCCAUCGCUAACGCCUUCAUCAGUCUGCAUGGAAACUGGAGGGUCAAGUAUCUCCGGAUAAUUAAGGAUAGCGGCUCAUUUGACCUGAAUGUGAAAGGACUCACUAUCACUACAAGCAUCGCCAUCAAGAGUGACGAGACAGGCCGGCCAACAGUCAGCAGUGUCUCCUGUGCGGCCACUGUGGGUAGCGCCAGUAUCAAAUUCCAUGGAGGAGCCAGUUGGCUGUACAAUCUUUUCAAGCAAUUCAUCGAUAAGGCUUUGAGAAAUGCCCUGCAGAAACAGAUCUGCCCUCUGGUGGCUGAUGCAAUAAAUGACUGGAACCCUCAUUUGAAAACUCUCAAUGUUGUAGCCAAGGUGGACCAGUAUGCAGAGAUCGAAUACUCCAUGGUGUCAUCGCCCACAGUUUCACAGGCUUCAAUAGACUUGAGCUUGAAGGGUGAGUUUUACAACAUAGGGAAGCAUCAGGAGGCUCCGUUCUCCCCCACAGCCUUUUCCCUGCCUCCCCAGAACAACAACAUGUUGUACAUAGGCAUGUCUGCCUACUCUGUCAACUCUGCUGCCUUCGUCUACAACAAAGCUGGAGCCCUCAGCCUGUACAUCACUGACGACAUGAUCCCGAAAAGCUCUCCCAUCCGACUCAACACCAGGACGUUUGGAACGUUCAUCCCUCAGAUUUCCAAGAGAUUCCCUGGUCUGAUGAUGAAACUGCUGGUGGAGACUGUGAAAACUCCCGUCAUCACCUUUGUACCCAAAAACGUCACCACUCAGGCCAGCUGCACAGUGACAGCCUACGCCAUCCAACCCAACACCACACUUUCCCCGCUCUUCAUCCUGAACUUGGAAGCCAGUGUCAGCGGCCAGGUGUUUGUCAGUGGCAUGAGGGUGGCUGGAGCUGUCUCCCUCAACGAAAUGGAUCUGACCCUGAGGACCAGUUACGUGGGAGAGUUUCAGGUCAGAUCCCUCGACAGCAUCCUGCAGAUGGUCCUCAAAGCGGUGGUGAUACCCAAACUCAAUGUUCAACUUGCGAAGGGAUAUCCACUCCCUGCGAUUGGAAAGAUGAAGCUGGUGAACACUCAGCUUCAGAUCCUGAAGGACUACAUGCUGAUUGGGACAGAUGUUCAGUUUACAGGUUAAACUGCAUUCUUCACAUCUCCAACGAUUGCUUUCUCUGCUGGUACAAAUGUGCUGAUCCAUGAUGUUUUUAAACCGGUUAAAAACAUCAUGUGUUUUCCCCCAAAAAAAUCAAAGCAUGUGGCAAAACAAUCUAUUUUUUUAAUACACAAAGUUUCAGUAUCCUGUGCAGUUCAAUAUGUACAUACACAUAGAUGGGCUGACUGUAUAAAUAACAUCUUAAAAGUCUUAGUAGCUCAUCAGAGCAGUCCGGUGUGACCGUAAGAUGAACAAAAUGUCUGUGAUGUCCUCAAAUCAAGAGAAAGAGGAUCAUGUCAAGAGUUGGUUGCCUGUGAAGUCACCUGAUUCGAUCAGUGGCAGGUUUCAAUCCUAGCCGUGUCCGAGGCCACGCGUGCAUCGACCUGGUGCCUGGUCAGAGUCUCACCCUGCUUCACCGAGCCUCUCAGGGAGCUGCCACUGAGGGCUCGACCUUUCAGGCUCUGGGAGCUGGCCGAAGAUAUCUACAUCAUUAAAGACACAAUCAUCCGGACAUAAGUGACAGAAUAACGAAAUCUGUAAAAACACAACAUAUUGACAUGAUGUCAUCCUGCCACUGAUGUCAUCAUGCUGUCAUCUUUUACCUGGUCCUUUGAUUUGAUGGUUGAUAUAUUUCCCAGAUAGACAUUGGUUUUAUAUGAUUCUAUUAAAAAUGUGCUUUCAACUGAA